UUUAAAAUGAUGAACGAGAAGAGUUCGGUGGAAAGUGUUCUGGAGAAAAUAAUAGAAAAACUCCAAGUUGGAUGCGAUCAGGAAAAGGAAAUUGUUAAACGUUCGGUUAAGCGAAAACUCGACGAUAUCCUCUCGACGAAUAAAAGACGUAAAUUAACAGCUCGCGAGUCUUUCAUCGAUCUACAUUGCCGCAUUUGCUACGAUACCACUCAACAGUUACCCGUCAUAUAUCCCUGCAAAUGCAAGGGAACCAUGGCCGCGGUUCAUUUGAAAUGCCUGGAACGCUGGCUAGAGGAAAGCAAUAGAAACAGCUGCGAAUUGUGCGGACACCGAUUCGUCGUCGAACGCACGCCACGUUAUCGAGUCGUGAGUUCCAUCGUGAUUUGGCUGUGCCUGAAUCAACACCGCCAACAAUUGUACGUUCGCAAUUUGAGAUCCGACGCGAUUCGAAGCGUCGUCGUCACCCCUAUGGCGAUCGGUUGCUGUUACGUUUGCGUAGUCGCCGCCGACUUUUACGCGAAAAAUAAUUACGAUAAUUUCCCGUCGGCUCAGUGGGCCACCUACUUAUUAUUAACGAUGAUGUCCUUGUUAAUUUUGUCGUAUUUCGUGUGGAUGUACAUGGCUAUACAGUAUCACCAAAAAGUUUGGUUUUAUUGGUGGCAAAAGACGAGUACAGUAAGAAUUAUAUUAGAUCCCGAAAAUAGAACUCCGAUAAACUAUAAAUUAAACGUAUCACAAGUUUAA